GAUUUCGAGUUCAACCGGGACGAAUCUCCUCUUAAUUUCGAGUUCAGAAUUUUAGUCUCCCCACACAGACACCAACACUCACGCUCGAACUUCUCUAAUCUUCUUCUGUAUGACAUUUUCUCCUUUUUCUCUCAUUUUUCCCCACCUACAUUUAUGAUCGAUCGGCAUGCCAUGAGCUCCCUCAGAUUAAAGGAAAAUGAAUAGGCCCAUCAUGCUCGUUAAGUGACAAUUAUUUUUGGGAAUAACCAACGAUUGAGCGUGGACUGUAACUUUCGAUGCCGAUGUCGGCCUGAAUAAAUAGGUUUUGUCGUUGUGAAGUAGAGGGAGGGUGGACAGCUGAAAAGAAACACCUCAUGAUGAAAGCAGGGCGGGCUUUAUCUACAAUGGACUCGCAGCCCAAAAGAAAAAGCCCGGCCCUUCUAGUCUAACGAAAGCUUUCCAUUUCCGCCGUUGGAAUGUUGGGAGCCCGCAUUGACGGAAACUUUGGCAGCGAAGAGGACGACCCUGAGGAAGGCGUAUCAGAAGCGAGGCUCUGUUUCCCCUGAUUCUACCUCCUAACCUAAUCUACUCGAGAUUUUAAUUUCACUUCAAUAAAAUAGCCCGUCAUGUAAUAAUACCAGUUUCAAUCCACUUGUUUUAUCAUUUUAAUUCUUACUCCUGGUGUGAUGGUUUGAUUUCCAUAGUGGGUGUCAGUUCUAGGUCUUUUGGGGACCCUUCGCCUAUGUUACAGUUCGGAGAAUUUACCAAUUCGCCCUUUUGACUGAAGAAGAAGUCCAGGGUAACGUUACAUGUCUUGUUAGGUAUUGUGGAGAAAUUUUGUUCAAGACCUCCCAUUACGAAGAAUAUUUGUGAAUUAGGAUGAGUCUUGCGACAGAUUCUCCAGUACAUUCAUCUAGCAGUGAUGAUUUUAUUGCAUACCUUGAUUCUGCAUUAGAUGCAAGCUCUCCAGAUGCUACCCAAGAAGUUGAGAAUCAAGAUGAGUCUGAAACUGUCAGAAUUAAAAGGCGUAAAGUUGAAAGCAUAGAGGAGACUCAGGGGUCUACUUCACAAGGGCUUGUAGAGGAGAGCUUAGAGGAAACUGUGAAGGAAGAUGUAUGUGCUCAUCCUGGUUCAUUUGGAGAUAUGUGUAUACGUUGUGGGCAAAAGUUGGAUGGGGAAUCUGGUGUGACAUUUGGGUACAUACACAAGGGAUUGAGGCUUCAUAAUGAAGAAAUAUCUAGAUUGCGUGAUACGGACAUGAAGAAUUUAUUACGUCAUAAAAAGCUCUACUUGGUUCUUGAUCUGGAUCACACACUGCUGAAUUCUACUCAACUUGUUGAUUUGAAUUCAGAAGAGGUGUAUUUACUGAACCAGACAGAUUCUCUAGCAGAUGUGGCUAAAGGCAACCUCUUCAAGUUGGAUUAUAUGCAUAUGAUGACCAAGUUGAGGCCCUUUGUCCGCACGUUUCUCAAAGAAGUGAGUGAAAUGUUUGAAAUGUACAUAUAUACCAUGGGCGAUCGGUCCUAUGCAUUAGAGAUGGCUAAGCUGCUUGAUCCAAAGGGGGAAUACUUCCAUUCUAAGGUGAUUUCUCGGGACGAUGGCACUCAAAAGCAUCAGAAGGGUCUUGAUAUUGUGCUGGGGCAAGAAAGUGCUGUUCUCAUUCUUGAUGAUACAGAAAAUGCAUGGAUGAAGCAUAAAGAUAAUGUGAUACUGAUGGAAAGAUACCAUUUUUUCGCUUCAAGUUGCCGGCAAUUUGGUUUCAAUUGUCAAUCUCUUGCUGAGUCAAAGAGCGACGAAUGUGAAUCUGAUGGGGCACUCUCAAGAAUUCUAAGCGUUCUCAAACAAGUUCAUCACACAUUCUUUGACGAACUUAAAGAUGAUCUUACUGAAAGAGAUGUGAGGCAGGUACUGCGAGCUCUUAAAAGUGAAGUCUUGAAGGGAUGCGUGCUUGUAUUCAGCCGUAUAGUUCAUGCUAUGUUACCAACACUCCGGAAGAUGGCAGAACAGAUGGGGGCCACAUGUUUGACGGAAGUGGAUCCCACUGUGACACAUGUAGUGGCAACCGAUGCGGGGACAGAGAAGGCACGAUGGGCAGUGAAGGAGAAGAAGUUUCUAGUUCAUCCCAGAUGGAUUGAGGCUGCAAAUUACUUUUGGCAGAAGCAGCCUGAAGUUAACUUCUCUCCCAAGAAAAAAUAGUAGUGACCUUUUUAUUGUAUUAAGCUAUUCUUUUCUCGUAGCUUACUUAGAUGUUAAGAGUAACCCGUUUUGAUCCCAUAUUUCAUCAUGGCUAACCACUAAUUGUUAACAUUUAUUAGGUCCACGGAUGCAAUCAUUGAUGCAUAAUAGUGUUGUGAAUUGAGUCAAUGUAAUAUUUUCUCAAUGUUUAGUUGCAUGGUGAUCAAUUAUGCUUGAUUUUACAA